ACCAGUACCCUAUUCAGCUAUGCCAAUGAAACAACCAGUAAUCAUUGACAUCUCCAAAAGCAAACAAUCAAAUCACAAAAUGUUGCAAGAUAUUUUCCAACUGUCGUCAUAUUCACAACAUACACGCCUUUUGAGACACUCCGUACAGAUAAAACCAUCGCUCGAUCGUUCAGGACAACAGGGUAGGGAACUUGUUGCUCGUUGCUACUUGUCCGGCUACGUAUGUGCACGUAUACGUAUUACUCUACUUCCAUUUGAUAACGAUGAAGCUGUAAAACUUUUGGAAAUUCUGGAAAAGAUCGCUUCCUCCGUUUCGAGCAAUCCGUCGAAUAGGAGGUUGGCUCAUGAUCUAUGGAUUAUCGCGAGCAUCGACAUCAGGAUUUCGUUUGUCUCAGAUCCACCGUUUGCCAUUGAAGGGAUCUAAUGUUGCUCUGUGCUCGAU